AUGCGUGUUACAAAAAAUUUUACUUGUUAUUUUUACUGUAGCGUUUACAAAAAUUAUGUUUUAAUUAUCAGUUUUUAUUGUGUGCACUGUAUCAGUAAUUUUGAUAGGUGAUAUUCGUUCUUUGAAAUUUUGUGCUUGCUGUUUUAUAUACUAUCGUGUGCACGUUUUAUUAUUCUGCAUACAUUCAUAAAGUCAAUUAAGAGCCUAAGUCGGACCAGGAUAGCAGCGGUGUUGAGCGCUGUAGCGCAUGUGUAUGGAGAUCUUCGGUCCGUGAAAUCGCAGAGCACUGAAGACUGAAUGGAUCUUUCUCCAUCAGACAGUCAGAGCUGUUCCAGCCUGACGGCGGGCUCUAGCUCCGGAGCGGACUCUCCGGACACGGCCCCCUCCCCAGUGGCCACCUUUCCCGCCAACCACAGCAUCGACAGCGUAAUGGCCGAAGCCUGUGCCGAAGUGGAUUCGCCCUCCCACUCCGCCUCCAGGGCGGACGACCUCACAUUCGUCGCCCAGGUGAGGGAGCUCUCCGUCGACUCCCUCAUGGAGUUCGCCCGGCCUUUCCUGAAGAGCCAGGCGUCCACGGUGUCAGUGCGUACGCUCACCGACGCAGAUAACGAUGCGGCCCCCGAGGGUGGGCAGGACGGAGACGCCUUUGGUCCUCUCGUGGAAGACUAUUUUCAGGGGGGUGCCACCGCAUCCGAACUGGGCCCGGAGGCUGCUCGGCAAGAAGUGGAGAAGGCUAUCGAUGUGCUGAAAGAACGCAUCCUGCGUCUGUCGCCUGACAGCCCCCUCGAGCAGGAGCAGCGCGCGCAGAUGGUGCAGGAGUUGAUCAUGUUGCGUCUGCGUAUCCAGGAGAUGGAGGAAGCCGCUGAGGUAGGCGGGGGCUCGGCCACCAUCGGCGCCCUGGGGCAUCAGCUGAAGAAGGUGCCGCUGCUGCAGGCCAUGCGCCAGAAGAAGGAACGGCUGGGCGCCCACUGUGAGGUCUGCGGCCAGAUGAUGAUUCUCACCAGCAGCCAGCUGCAGUGCAUACGCUGCGGUUACUGCUGUCAUCGGCGCUGUAUCGGGACCAUUGCACGCUCAUGCGUCGCCGAUGAAGCGGAGAAACAGUCGGGUUUCAUCUUGGAUAUCUGCCCAGAGAAGGGGUUGGAGCAGCAGAACUAUGCCUGCGCGGAAUGCCGCAAACCUUUCCCGAUGGACAAUCCCGGGGUGUGGGAGAGCAGUAUCCGCGUGUGCGACUACAACGGCGCUUACUACUGCACAAUCUGCCACCGCAACGACCAGGCCGUCAACCCUGCGCGGGCCGUCAAGAACUGGGAUUUGUCGGGGCAGCCGGUGUGCCGCGCCAGUCAGCAGCUUCUCUCCCUCCUGCACUACCAACCGCUGAUUCGCCUGCUAGAUGUCAACCGGGAAUUGGCGUUGCACGUGGAGGAAUUGGCCUACGUGGAACAACUGCGGCCGCGGUUGACCAUCCUGCACCGGAUGAUGCUGGACUGCCAACAGGCGCCGCAGAUUGCUCUCCUGCGUCUGCUGCCCAGCCACCGCAAACACCUUAUGUUCGCUACCGGCUUGUACUCCCUCCAGGACCUUCUGGAUAUUCAGCGCGGGGUGCUGGCGCGUCAUCUAGACGCUUUUUAUAAACAGCUGGAGGCGCACGUCCGUCUCAGCUGUCCAUCGUGUGGACAACUCAGCCAGGUGUGCGUCUAUUGCUGGCAGACGGAGGAUAAGCUAUACGCUUUCCAGGAGCAUGUCACUGGCUGCGCCGGCUGUGGCGCUCUGGCCCAUCGCAGUUGUGCGCGGAUUGGCGCAGAGACGGCUCGCCAGUGCCCCAACUGCCGACCACCGAAUUAGCUCUGAAGGCAUGCACGAUAACAUGACGAUGUGCAGUGAUGGUCGUUAAAUGCAAGUUAACCAUAAUUUGAACCUUUUUGCCGAUGAAAUACUCAGUUCAGUAAUCCAUUUGUAAUCCUUCAACGUUAACCCGCCUUUUGUGGACCAGGCUCUCGUUGCUCAUUUUGCAUCUGUUUUCUUUCUGUCAUAUUGAAUGUCUUUCUAAAUCGUUGCUUUCUAUGUUAACUCGCAGAGUUGCUGAUUAAUCGAGUUGAUUUUAUUUCAGGCGUUUUAACCUUUUAAAAAAUGAGGAUUGUAGGGAGUGCAAAAAGAAUUGAGCUACGUAGUAAAACUUAAGUUGUUAUCUC